CUUGACACCAACAACGCUACCACCCACAACCCCAACCCUCUGGAAGCUCUGCCAUCUGAGUGAAGGGUGGGUUUUUUGCACUUCCCGGGACCUGGUUCCAGCCAUACGAAGGGUCAGAGGCACUGAGGGAUUUGUAAACUUGUGAUCGAGAUCACCAGCAUUGAGCCGAGGGUUCCCCCUUCUCUGUUUGGUAUUUAUAGGUUUAUAUCUCCUCCAAGGAUGACAACAAAACCCGGCACACCUCUGGGAAAACCUGCCCCCCUAAACAAACGGAAAAAGCUCUCCAAGAUCGUAACCGACCUAUCACACAUCACUCAGGAUGAGUAUGAUACGGAUCCUGAGGCCUCUGAGUUUGACCUGGGACCAAAGAUCAGAACCCCUAAAGACAUCAUGCUGGAGGAACUUUCCCUGCAGAAAAACCGAGGCUCCAAGAUGUUCAAGAUGAGGCAGAUAAGGGUGGAGAAGUUCAUCUACGAGAACAGCCCUGACAUCUUCAGCAGUGAGUCAAUGGACAACCUGCAGAAGUUUGUUCCAUCUCUGGGAGGUGAGAUUGGAAGUCAGAUAAUCAAUGUUGGAGGGCAUUUUGUAAGCAAACAGCCUGGACAGGUGCAUAUUAUGGGUGUUCACGGCUUUGGAGGGGCCCCCGUGCCCCCUCCAAAGCCUGGAAGUAAAGGUGCAGGAGGUGAAGGAGGACUUGGUGGUGGCGACCAGGGGAAAGGUGGACAAGGACAAGGGGCAUAUGAGAAGUCUUCACUGAAAGGAGUUGGAAGAGGUGGUAUGCAUAUUCUUGGGAAGACAUACGUUUCGCCAUGGGAGAAGGCCAUGAAGGGGGAUGAAAUUCUCGUUGCCACUCUGAAAACUGCAAUGCCUGGUCCAGUUGAGAAAAAGGAUAUACCCAAGUACAAGUGCUUCAACAGGUCCGCCCUGCCAUUUGGUGGCUUCGAGAAGGCCAACCAGUUCCUGAAAUUCCAGAUGCCAGAAACCGAAAUCAAAGAGGAGACUGAACCCGUGGUGUACCAACAUGACAUCGGCUGCCGGCCUUCCUUCAACCGUACUCCAAUUGGCUGGGUGGGAAGUACUGAGCCAGGCAGUAUUAAUAUGGAGAUAGAUACCGUGCCCUUUGAUGGAGAGACUGACGAGCUGUGAAACAAAAUUCAUACUGUGAUUACACCGACUGCACAAACUCAUACACAAAGGCCACAAGAAUGAAUGUAAUCACAUACAUUAGAACACACUCACACAAUAGAUGAGCGUACUAUUGACUGUGAUAAUGAUGAAUUUGAAUCUCUCAGUUUGGAUAACUGAAGGCAUACAUGAAAUGUAGUUAUGAUCUUAUUUCACUAUGUUUUAUUUGUGUGGCAAAGAAUCACGCUAUAGCCUAAAGGCUAAGGGGAGAUGACACAAUGAAAUGUUUAUUUGUUAAGUUCUUAAGUUGAGUCUACACAUGUUAAAUUUUUUCAGAAAAGUUGGUGAGAAGUUGCAAAUUUGUCAAAGAGGAAAGAAUGAAUAAUGUAAGACGGACAUAUUUAUGCUAUUUAAAUGUUUUGCACAAUGUCUUGAUGUCAACCUGUUACCAUGAUUGUUAUUUCCCAAAGCUUGUUUUGUUAAGAUUUGUUGAUCUACAAAAAUACCAAAAAGUUAUCUAAAUCAGAUGCAUGCAUAGUCAGUUGCUGACUGAUUAACCGAAACAGUUCUUCCACAAUAAACCCUUUCAAA